AUUAAGUUGUUGUUGAAUUCUGUAUAAGAGAAAAAUGACUGAAAGUGGCAAUCCAUUGUCAGGAGCAUGUACUGCUUUUGGGAUCAACCUAUAUAAGACUUUGGCAUCAUCAGACGACUCCGAGAAUCUCAUGGUUUCCCCGUUCUGUCUUCAUAAUGUUCUAUCAAUGGCGUAUUUUGGAGCCGAAGGUGCAACUAAAUCGCAAAUUAAGGAUGUACUCAAUCUUGGCGAAGGAAAAGAUGAUGAACUUCGUGAUGCCUUCAGCAAGAUCUUAUCCGUUGAUGUGAAAGACUCUGCCUUGAUCGCUAAUAGAAUGUAUUUAGACAACGCUUACUCGAUUUUGGAAUCUUUUACGAAAAUAUGCAAAGAGGAUUUCAAAGCCGAUGCUGUGAAUGUGGAUUUCCAAGGUGCGAUAAGCGAUGCCGAAAAGACCAUCAAUGGAUGGGUUAAGGAGUCAACCAAAGGGAAAAUCCAAGAGGUUCUUCAACCAAAUUCGCUGAAAUCCAACACAGCUAUGCUCCUUUUGAAUGCCAUUUUCUUCAAGGCUGAUUGGGAUGUGAAAUUUGACCCGUCCUUGACUGUUAACAGACUUUUUAUAAUGGGACCAGACAAUGAGGUUGAGAUACCGUUCAUGAGACGAAUGGCGAGCUUCAGAACUGGAUAUUCGGAAGAGCUGGAUUGCGCCACUUUAGAACUACCAUAUAAAGAUGGUGCUUUCAGUAUGUUCGUAGCAUUACCUUCGGAAACGAACGGAAUCUUUGCCCUUGAAAAGAAGCUUGAUACGAAGAUGCUGCCAGGUCUAUUCGGUUCUAUGGCAGAAGAAAAACUUGAGCUCAUCCUACCCAGGUUCACUCUGUCCUCCACCAUGAAGCUAAGUAAGAAUUUAGGUGAUAUGGGAAUGACUGACUGCUUUGUUGCUGGCAAAGCAGAUCUUUCUGGGAUCGACGGCACAAAGAACCUUUACGUCUCUGAUGUUUUCCACAAAGUCGUUAUUGACGUAAACGAAGACGGUACAGAAGCUGCUGCAGCUGGAGCUGUGGGUAUUGAGACUAGAAUGCUACCAAGGCAAUUUAACGCCGAUCACCCAUUUCUAUUCUGCAUAAGAAAUAACAAGACCAAGAUGAUUUUAUUUUUUGGACGUUUUGUUAAUCCAAAGAACUGAUACAAUCUUCCGUUGAUUAAAAAUCAUUUGGAUGAACUCUUGAUAAGAAUUUGUUUUAUUUGUUAAAUAUUUAUGAAACAUGUUGCUUUUACAAUGCCUCGGAACUGAUAAUCAAAAGGUUUUCUUAGUGAAAAAAUAUAUAUUUGGUGUACAUCAUUGGCGUAAAUCAAAAUUUGAAUUUUUUUGCGUUCCUUUGUUUAGGAGCUACUCGUACCUAUGUCUGAAAGAGGUUAUAUGUCGACCAUAAAUCAUAAAGGU